AUGGAAGACAUCACGGGUCCACUCAGUCUGAUCCCUGUGUGGGCCUAUGGCCAGCGAUCCUACAUCAGAGUGAAGAUGCGGCUGAGUGGGGGGGUCGCGGUGGCUGCGGAGCUGUGCGUCCUGUUGGCUCUGGUCGAGGUGGCCCAGCCUAGUGUGGAGGCAUCCGGGGGCUGCGUCCUCUCCCACUACCGCUCGCUGGACCCCAGGGUGCUGGCGGCCGCCAAGUCGCUGAGGGACCGUUAUGAGGAGGACACGCUGAGCUGGCGACCGCGCAACUGCUCUGUCCGCCCCCGCAGGGACCCUGCGCGACCCUCGUCCUGUGCCUGGCUCCGCCACGUGGCCCGGGGUAUUGCGGACGCCCAGGCGGUGCUGAGCGGCCUGCGCAGACCAGAGCUCGUCCCCAGCAUCGGGCCGACCCUCGAGCUGCUUGUGGCCGCGCAGCGGGACGUGGCGACCUGCCUGCAGCUGAUCCCGCCUGACUCCCCCAGGACGUCGUCCCGGACACCGAGGAGGCGUCACAAAGCCCGGAGACCCGACUCACCUCGCUGUCGCGAAGCCACUGUCAUCUUCAACCUGCUGCGCCUGCUCACGCGGGACCUCAGGCUGGCAGCGCAGUCUGCACCCUGCGUGUGA